AGCCGUGCGUUCUAUUUCUUCUCUCUUUGACAAGCCAUUCACCUUUCCUGAUUUGUUUUCUUGUUUUCUUUGUUUUCUUUCCAUCUACGGACAACGCUGAAGGACCCGCCCCUCCCUCCUUCCGUCCUUCCUUUCUCUCCCCCUUACAGCAUUCAAAUGCAGAACUCCGUUAUCAAGCUCACCAUUGAGAAGGCGGAGGCCCUCCUCGCCCUCAACCCGGGCGGCACAUCGAACCCGUACAUCACAGCCACCAUCGGUGCCCAAUCGGUGACGACGCCGGUGCAGAACAAAACGGUGAACCCGGUCUUCAACGCGACCUUCACCUUCACCGACUGCCCCUUGCCCUCCAUCGUGACGCUGCGCGCCUUCAACAAGAUCCAGUACGUCGAUGUCGAGGACCCGCUCGGCACGGCCACCGUCACGCUCUUCGACGUCCAGCCGGAGGAGACGACCAAGACGGUGCAGCUGAGCCACGGCGGCAAUGCGGCGUUGGCCCAGCGCGCGCCCAACGGGUGCGGGUCGGUGCAGAUCCGCUACACCGUCACGCCCAUGCCCGAGGCGGCCACCGCCGAGCACCCGCCGAUGCUGGUGUCCAAGAACGCCAGCGUCACGUCCGCCGGCGGGGCCUCCACCCCGAUGCCGGUCCCGGCGGCCAUCAACAUCGACGCAAGCGCCCCGGCGGCGAUGCCGGUCGCCAUCUCGCCCAAGGACAGCCGCAUCAGCACGCCCCGCUCCGGCGCGCGGUCGACCAGUACGGCGAACCUCGUUGCGUCGAACCCGAGCGUGACGAACCCGGCCGCCACGACGCCGAUGCUGCGGCCGGUGGAGGUUUCAGGCAGCGCGCCGCUCGGCAGUGGCGGCGCUGGUGCUGCGGCGGCCGUCGUACCCGUGUAUUCCUCCUCCGCCGCGUUUGGUGGGAUCGGCGGGCAGAACAGCCAGCUGACGCCGCCCAGCCUCACCCCGGCGAAGCCACCGGCUGUGUCGACGUUCCUCGUGCCGCAGGUGGCACCCCCGCCUCCCGCGACGACAGGAAUGAACAUGUCCCUCAACACGGCGCCAAACAACGGGUACACGAGCUACGCCGUGCCCGGUGUGCGGAUCCCCGCGCCGGUGGCCGAGCUGGAUGCCGCUGCUGCUGCUGCCGCUCCCGUGGCGGUCUCUGCGGAGUCCUACUACGCAAACAACAGCGCCUGCCAGCCCGCCUCCACCCCGCUCCCGGCGGUGAAUGCACCGUCGCCGAACAGCGCGUCGAUGCUGCCGGUCGCGCCCAGCGCCGUCGCGGCGGUUCGCUUCGCCUCGCUGCAGGAGACCACCAACGCGGCCACCUCGUUUGAUGCGCAGUACUCCGCAAAGGCCCUGCAGAGCGCGUCGGCCAGCUCCCUCUUCACCGCCGCAGCGCAGGCACCGCUGCUUCUGCCGCAGCAGAAGUUCCUGUCCGUGCCGCCCAACAUCCACGGCACGCCCUUGUCGAACGUGCAGUCCCGGGAGGGGUCGCGGCUGCCGUCGGCGGCGCAGCUGCCCCCGCCGUCGGUGGCGGUGGCCGGAGGGGCCUUCCCUGCCCAGGCCCUUCCUGCAGCGCUGGAGGCCGGUGCAAACCCAGUCGCCGUCGCCCCCCGCACGCCGCCGCUCAGCUCCAGCACGUCGAACAGCCGUCGCUCCACCCCGUCCACGCUGUCCUCGCACGGACGCCCGACGUUGUUUUCCGCCGCCGCCGGUGCCGCUGCGGAGUUCCCUGCGCAGGCGUCACUGAAUGCGCCAGGGGGUCAGGGCAUGCGGCGUGGUGUGGCGCCGGUGCCGGCGACGGCUGGCGUGCCGCUGCAGCAGCAGCAUCGGCCCAACGUGGGCGGCUCCGCCUUCCCCUCCCCACCGCACCGGACACGCUUUUCGGUUCCGUCCACGUCCGCGUCUGCACCCGCGGCGGCGCUCGACGGCACGCGGUCGCCGAAGCGGCGGAGUCCCAAAAACGAGGCGCCGUCGGACGCGGCUGUGCCCUCGGCGGAGGCCCUCUACGCGGACCCGGACUACCUCUUCGAGGCCGCUGCGAGCGGGAUGGAUGAGGCCAUCUUCCGUCAGCUGCGCGACGUCGACCCGUACCUCACCAACGGCUUCCUGACCUGCCUCGACUACUCCGGCCGCAGCCUGCUGCACAUCGCGGCGUGGAACGGUCAGCUGCGGGUGAUGCAGAUCCUGCUCGCGCCGGAGCCGGCCGCGCCGAUGAUCGAUCUGCGUGCCCUGGUAGCGGCGAAGAGCGGUAAUACCAUUCUUGCACGCCGCGGCCUGCAGCGGGCAGGCGGAGGUGGCGCGGUGGUUGCGUUACUCGCACCCGUCGGCCGGUCCGCUGCUGCUGUCGAUGCACAACGCACGCGGCAUGACGGCGGCUGA